GCAUGCGCUACCGUGGCAUUGCGUUUGCAAGCGUGAUUUUUAUUUAAAAUUCAAGACUAAUUCUUUUAUUGUGCUAAUACUUACUGCAACGUAUUGUUCCUGUUAAAAUAAUAUGUUUGAAAAAGCCGGCGAAGAACAGUUUGUAAAGUAAUUGUGACAAUAAAUAAAUAGGAUACGAAGUUAAACAAUAAAAUCAUCUCGUAUUGAAAGUAAACUUAAAAAAAGCUCUUAGUGUGCGACUUUUCAUGCUAUACCAAAAUCGUUUUUGGUGAAAAACUGUGAAAUCAAAAUGGAAUUGGAACCCUCUCUGGAACAUAACAGUGCUUUCUCGGUAGUUGCGCCGAAAAAUAAAGAGUUUGAGACAGCCAUGAACCUGACUAUCCCUCACCGCGUCACACCCUCAACAUCACCUAUACUGACGUCGCCAAUAACACCGCGAAAUUCACUGGCCGCCCAUGCGAGUCCCGGAAGUUCAAGGUCAUCCUCAUCCCCAUCACCGGAAAUGGAGAAGGAAAGCAUACCCCAUAACAGAGAAGUAGGAAAAAUUAGGCCAUUCAGACCGUGGCUGAGUGUUAAAGAUGAAGUUGAGAAGAAAGAACUUGAAGAAAAUGAGGAAGAACAGGACAAGAUAAACAUAGAUGAUGCAUCAAAACCUAAAGCAAGCACUGGCAUGCAGGAUCCAAAGAUGUGCCUCGCUGAAAUUUAUCGUUAUAACUUACUACAAGGGAUCUAUAGAAAUCCCUUUAAUUUAUUUGCUAUGGCACGAACAAACAUGCCGAACCUUUGGACGGACCCAAGAAUGUACCCAUACAUGUGCGCAAAAGGACUUGCUAAUUUCAGUCUAAAUAUGGGUAUAAACCAAGUCGGAUUCAAUAUGAAUUAUGAAAAUCAUGGUCUAGAAUCCCAACUUACACACCCACUGUCUGAAUAUGGAACGUACGAGAAGGGAACAUACGAGUGUGUGAAAUGUAUGAAGCAGUUUAGUACACCGCACGGGUUAGAAGUGCACGUGCGACGGUCACACAGCGGUCGGCGCCCAUAUGCAUGUGACGUGUGUAACAAAACAUUCGGCCAUUCAGUUAGCCUCACGCAACACCGGGCAGUACACACACAGGAGAAAAGUUUUCAGUGUCAGCAGUGUGGUAAAUCAUUCAAGCGUUCCUCCACGCUGUCCACCCAUCUACUUAUCCACAGCGAUACCCGACCUUACCCCUGUCCUUACUGCGGAAAAAGGUUCCACCAGAAAUCUGACAUGAAGAAACACACAUAUAUACAUACAGGUGAAAAGCCGUACAAAUGCAGCCAUUGUGGGAAGGCAUUUAGCCAGAGUUCAAAUCUAAUAACUCACUGCCGCAAACACUCUGGUUUUAAACCCUUCACGUGUAAAACUUGUGGCCGGGCGUUCCAACGGAAGGUCGACAUGAGACGUCAUCUCGAAACCCAACAUGGUGAGGAAAAAGCAACAUCAGACUUAUUUCCUGUUUCGACUGUGUCACGUGAUUCAAUGAUCAAUACAGACUAUGGUCAUGCGCAUGCACAUGCGCACAGACAAGUACUUGUUUCGUGAUGAAAUGUACGGGUUAACGUUGUUUCUAACGAACAUUGCUGACUCCUUGCAAGUGAGAUGGACAAGACAGCAUAAACUGUAGACCUCUAAAAACGAUGUUGCAUUUAAAAAUAAUGAUGAAUGACUAUACUUGUGUUUUGAGAUGUUUAUAAAAUACUUCUUGAGCUAUACUUUUAUAUCACUUGCAGAAUCCAUUUUUGUAUUAUGAAUUUUUUAACUUUAAGGUCAUAUCUUGCU